AUUAAUUGCUACCGUUUUAUAUUUUCUAGAAAUUUUUCUACGGAUACAGACUCUAAGCGCUCAAAAGCCUUGGCAUCAUUCACUGGCGAUAUUCCUCUAGCUUAUGAUGAUCAAUUCGAGAAACCUGUGUGGUCUUGGAAAGGUAUUUUGGUUAAUAUACCAACAAAGAUGAGACGUGAUGGUUUGUGUUGUACUGGGGAGAGCGGACCACAGCUUAAGGAUGAAUUGAUCAGAAGAGGAUUCAACCCUAUUAGAGUUCGUACCGUGUGGGACUGUUUCGGUCAUUCAGGAACCAGGAUAGUUGAGUUUAACAGACACUGGAAUGGACUUAACGAUGCUUUGCUGUUCAAGAAGGCUUAUCAAGAAGAUGGUCAUGGUAAAAAAGAUUGGCUGAGUGGUGGUGGUGCUGCUGACUCUAGCCUUUACGCAUGGCUUGCCAAUACUGAUGAUUGUUAUAGGGCUGCUAACUAUAUAGGAGAGUACUUGGGGAAGAUGGGUGACCUCAAAAGUAUUUCUAGGUUUGCAGAAGAAGCUAGGAAAGAUCAUAAGCUUGUGGUGCGUCUGAACGUAAUCUCUGAGAACAUACAGAGUCGGUUGAGGAUGCUAGAUGAAAAAAUCUCAAAGACUUCGAUUAAACUUAAAUGUGAGACUGAAGAAAAAGAUAAGAUUCUCCACGGUUACAAUCAAGGUGUAACCCUAUAGCUAUGUAGUAGAUAUGUGUAUUGCUUUUGCUUAUAUUCAUGUUACAUUUUCUAUUUUUGCAUAUGAAGAUCUCACGGGAAGACAACAAAGAUCGACUGCUCAUUUCAAUAGAAUCUUUGCUGAUCUUGGAAAAUUUUCUUC